CUGGCUACCUGUCAGUAACAUAUAGCACAUCAGAACAGCAGCAGGCACUCGCAUCACAACAACACGGUCGUUGGCAGAGGAAUGGGGGGUAGCUAGGUAGUUAGAUUUCCGAGAAUAAGGAAAAGCUCACUACAAUCAAGAUGGUGUCGUGGAUUAUCUCCAGGAUGGUAGUCCUGGCCUUCGGGACCCUCUACCCGGCCUACUCCUCAUACAAGGCCGUCAAGACAAAGAAUGUGAAGGAAUAUGUGAAAUGGAUGAUGUACUGGAUAGUGUUUGCAUUAUUCACGACGGUGGAGACCCUCACAGACUUGUUCAUGUCCUGGUUUCCUUUCUACUUUGAGCUGAAGAUAGCCUUUGUGAUCUGGCUCCUGUCUCCGUACACUAAGGGCUCCAGUGUGCUCUACCGCAAGUUUGUCCACCCAACCCUGUCCAAUAAGGAGAAGGAGAUCGAUCAGUACAUCACCCAGGCUAAAGACCGUAGUUAUGAGACUAUGAUGAGGUUUGGAAAGAGAGGUCUGAACUUGGCUGCUACUGCUGCCGUCACCGCAGCUAGCAAGGGCCAGGGUGUGCUGUCCGACAAGCUGCGCAGUUUCAGCAUGCAGGACCUGACUCUGAUCAACGAUGGGGAGGAGAUGGGCCUGCACUCCUCUGACCCCCGCAUGAGGAGAGAUGCCUUGGAUGACAUGGCUACUGGAGCCAACACGCUGCCCCGCGCCAAGACCACACGCCAGACUCGUUCCUCAUCUGCGGCUCCUCAUCUCGAUGAAUCAUCGCAGCACAGCUCGGACCAAUCAGACACCAGAAGCAUCACCACAGAGCAUUCUGAUGAGGACAUUGUGGAGAAGGUCCCUGUGAAACGCACGGCCAGCGUCAAGGCAAACAAGAAACCCUCCACCGCCAAGACCGAGACUACGACUAAGACGGUGAAAAAGACACCAAAGAAGAAGACAACCACCACAGCUACAGCCAGCAACAACGCUGAGUCACCAUGAUAUCUGUAUCUACUGACCCCAUCUCCACCCUACUGCACACCACUACAGCCAUGUACCAGGCCCCCUCUGUCUCCAGUCCACACACAC